CAGAGUGCGCGUCUAAAAUGGCAAAAUGGCUCACACGUUCUCGUUUCUUUAUAUGCGUAUUAACGGUUUGGCUUAUUUCUCACCCUUGUCUAAGCGAUACGCAUCAAGAUAAACUAGAGAAGCAUUACCUGCACUACAUGUUUACAGCCCUGACCAAAGCAGAUCUAUUCCCAGACUUCACUGCUGUGGGUGUUGUUGAUGAUAGACUGAUCUUAGACUACAGUACUGAAGUUCCAGACUGGACAAGACUGAUUCUGACUGAAGAUGAUGGGAUUGAGACUCUUGUACAACAAUAUGACUCUAAAGAUUGGUACAAACAUCAGCUACACAUUCUGUCAAACUGCACAAAUUGUUCUGAGCUCCAUGCAUUUCAGAGACUAAUUGGUUGUGAAGUGGAGAAAUUUAAUGGAACAGUGACGAGUCUGAGAUUCUUUGAUGAAUAUGGAUUUGAUGGAGAGGAUUUUAUGACUUUUGAUUCUGACACUCUGCAGUGGAUUGAUAAAUGUCCCAAAGCCAAAGAAAUGAAAAAGUAUUGGGACCUUCAGACAGGACGAAACCAGUUCAUCAAGGAUUAUUUUGGGAAAUGCAUGGAAUGGAUCUUAAUAUUUAACAACACAUAUAAGAAUUCACCAGAGGUUUACAUCUCUGCAAGGAGAGAUCCUGACGAUCACAGUAAGCUGGAUCUGAGCUGUCUGGCCACUGGUUUCUACCCCAGAGAUAUUGAGAUGAACAUCAGAUUGAAUGAAUCUGUUCUUGACAACCAAACAUCUUCUGAAAUCAGACCAAAUGCUAAUGAAACGUUUCAGAUGAGAGUCAGUGUGAAGAUCGACAGAAACUCUGAAGGAUCUUAUGACUGUUUUGUCAUUCACAGCAGUCUGACAGAACCAGCUUCAGUAGCAUGGGAUGGAAAAUGCUCUACAUUUGAGACAGAAUCUCAGCAGACCUUUAUAGAAGUAAUACUUUCGGUUUUAGUUCUAUCUGUAGUUUCUGUCAUGCUCUGUUCUGUUGUGAUUCUUUGCCAGUGCAAGAAAGAAUCCAAUGAAUCUUUCCUCGCUCUGGGGAGAAAUCAUCAUCAUGAUUAUGGUGCAGUGAGUGAGCGGAUAGCGAUGGCGACAGAUGAAGCGUGUGCUGAUACGUCUGAUGAAGAGCUCAGUGUUGAUGAAUCUACAAACUAGACUGGAGUGUGAACAGGUGUUUCAUUUCUGUUCAUUCAGAAUGGACACUGUAUUCUAGUUAUCCAGCUCUGUUCAGAAAAAGGCUUAUUGUUUUCAGGGGUUUUUUUCUGUCAGCAUUUUCUAAUCUGAGUCAGCUCUUAUGACAGUUUCUGUUUAUGAUGUUGUUUAUGCUCACUUGAAGUAUGACGCUGCUUUUCACAUUUGAGAGAUUCUUGAAACAUUUCAUAUGGUCAAGAUUACAUGAUAUGUGCUACAUCAAACUCCGUUCUCUACUUGUUUGUAUUGUUUGUUUUUAUUUAGUUCAUUACUAAAAAGCUAAUCAAGAAUUAGUAUUUUCUAAUACUUAUUGCUAUUAGAUAUGAUAGUAUGCCAAACAAUGCCAUUUUUAUCACUGGAUAGUCUUUGCUACUAAUAAAGAUUAGCUUUUAUUAUCAUUUUUAUUUUGCUUCUUUCUUAGAAAAAAAUCUUCUCCAUUUACUGUAUAGUGCAAUACUUGAUCUACUGUAAGUAUUGUGAUUUUGUUUUAACUUUCAAUGGUCAUGAUUAAAGUCUAUUGUCUGAAUUGAAGUUGGAAUGUUUUUAAAUCCAGUCAGUAGACUAAUUUUUUUUUUUUUUUUUUUUUUUUUUUUAGUUUUUUAAGUAAAACAUGUUGUGUUGGUAAACAUGUAUUGAUCAAAUGUACAUCUAGAAUGCACUAUAAAGGCUGGAAUAAACUACAUGACUACUGCCCAGAUUUUUGUCCCAAUUUAAAGUCUGGAGAAGUCAGCGCUAGUUGCCUAAAGUCUGAUCCAGUUUGUAGAUUUGAGAUUUCAUAGAAAAUCACGUAGUGCAUGAUGGUCACAGACUGAUUUUUUAGCUUCAGACUCUGAUUCUAUCCAGUCGGAGGGUAUCAGAUAUGUUUGAUAUUUUCAGCCGAUUUUAGAGUGCACAUUGUUUUCACAUUUUUAUGUGAGUUUGAGAUCGGAACUUUAAAGUCUGUGUGAUCCUCAGAAGUUUAGUGUAUGAUGGCCAGUUUUAAAUGUUUGUAAGUUUGUGAAGACUAUAGCAAUUAUAAAAUCUGUUCAGAGCCUGAUAGAUGUAUACUAUAAAUGCCUAAUUAAACAAUGUGUUAAAUGUGCAAUAUUAAGAAAUAAAUGAGUCUUGACUAA